CGUGACUGUUUUCGGCCAAUUAGAUGUUAAGUAUCAGCGCGCGCUCCUGUUCUAAACGACAGAAAACCCGCUAGCACACUGCCAGCAGCCUGCGUUCACCUUCCUGACAAAGCGGCGCAAAAUAACAAUGUCCGACGAAAAGCCAAAGGAAGGCGUGAAGACUGAGAAUGAGCACAUUAACCUCAAGGUGGCUGGUCAGGAUGGCUCCGUUGUACAGUUCAAAAUCAAAAGGCACACUCCGCUCAGCAAACUAAUGAAAGCAUACUGUGAAAGACAGGGAUUGGCAAUUCGUCAGAUAAGGUUUAGGUUUGAUGGCCAACCAAUUAAUGAAACGGACACACCUGCACAGUUGGAGAUGGAGGACGAAGACACAAUUGACGUUUUUCAACAACAGACGGGAGGGGAGUGUUCUUAAAUGGAGUGGACAUCUCACAGACUCUACACAUGGAAGAGCAUCCACUCUUUCUUUGCCCCAUGUUGAAUUUUUUUUUUCUUCUUCCCCCUUUGAUCCUGUCCUUUUUUAGUCUGCUUGACUAAUAGUGUUCACAACAAAUAAGAAGGUAGGCUUGUUUGAUUGGGGCUGAACUCUCUUUGAGACACAAAAUCUGUCUCCCUUGUUUGUCCAUCUCAAAUCGGUUACAGUUGACAGGUUAGAAAAUGAUCUGUUUGGGUGGAGGGUUAACCAUUUCAUGCCCAAAUGUUUUUGUAGAUCCAAAUCUGGAAAUUUGUGAGAGCCCAAUCAUUUUUAAGUUGUUGUACUUGACAGCAUUCACUUCUGUGUGACAUGGAUGUUUUUAUGUAUCCUUUUUUUUUUUUCUUUUUUUUUUUUUUUUAAGGAACACCUUUCAAAAUUUAUCUGUAUUCAUGCUCAUUCUUAUCUUUGCCAAUUUGCUCCAGAUGCAGAGAAAGAUGAAUAUGGAUGCUUUGCCUCAAUGCUGUCAUCCUCACUGCAGAUUAACAGAACUGAAAAUAAAAUGUUUGUGGACCAAAAUUGCUAAAUAAAGUUCUUUAUAAAAUGAUUUGGUUAAUGAGAUUUGGAUGCAAUUCCACUGGAACUGUUUGCUACUCAGCCAUAUUGUUGAUCUAAUUUUAUUUUUCCCAAACUAGUUCAAGACCCAAGAAUUUUUAAAAGUCUGCAGUAACCAGUUUAUUGAAUGUGGUUGUCUUAAAUGGAAACAUUAAUAGAUUUUGGUUGUUGCGUUAUUACUGGUAAAUAUCUGCCUUUAAUUUCAAACCAAAAGCUUUGUUUGGAUAAGAUGAUGUUUCACAAACCUUUGAUUUGUGAACUUGUACUGGUCAUGUAUUCAAUAAAAGAUUUCAUACACAUCUACUGGAAA